UUUAUUCUUAUCAACCGUUUUUCUAUUACCAAAAUCACUCAUUGGUAUAUUAAUGUCGGUUAUACCAUUUGUAGGACUCAUUAGCUCACCUUGUUGGAAUAUUUUGGCAGAUAGAUAUGAUAUACAUCGCAAGAUUAUGAUUUCAUGUACUUUAUGUACUAUACUUGCGUUUUUAUCUUUACCACUUACGGGAAAAUAUUUUGGUUAUAGUGGCCUUUUUAUCAGCCUUACUAUUUAUUCGAUUUUUAAUGGAGGAAUUGGGUCGUUGAUUGAUAAUCUGACAAUAAAUGUGUUAAAUCGUAAAGGAAAUUCAACUGAAUUUGGACGCCAGCGUCUUUUCGGGACCAUAAGUUUUGGAAUUUCCAUAGUUAUGAUUGGAUUUAUAAUAGAUAGACUUAAAACACUUUAUGUCAUGUUUUUCGCAUUUGGAAUUUUCAUGGGACUGUUUUUAUUAGUUCUAUUUUUAACACCUGCGAGAGAUUUUAAAGUAGAUCAUCAUGAGGAACCAAUUACAGAAGAUAUAGAUCUCGUUCAAUUGGGACAUACAUCGAAUGAAACAUCAACACAAAGUGUAGAAACAAAUGUUAUGGUAACAACUCCAUCACCUUUCAUGAAAGAGAUCCUUAAUCUUUUCACAAAACCACGAUUACUAUUAUUUCUUUUCGUGAUACUUUUGAUGCACAUGAUUAAAACUUCAAUGUCAACAUUUCUUUAUGUAUUCUUAUCAGAGGAUCUUAAAGCUGAUGCAAAGUUGCUAGGAUUAAGCACCUUUGUAGGAAUAACUCUUGAAAUAAUAGUUUUUUAUUUUGGGAAAUAUAUUUUAGAAUCUACGUUUCCGGAAGUUAUUAUUAUAGCAGGAGGAAUUAUGUCUACUCUUAGAGCUGCAUUAUAUGCGUUUUUUGGACUUGAAUUUGGAUUAGUAAAGCCAGCAUCUUUAGAAAUUAUAUCACAAGUAUCACCAUCGAGAUUGAGAGCAACAGCACUUGGUAUACUUGCAGCAAUAGAAAGUUUGUCUACAGGUCUUGGACAGAUUGUCGGGGGAUUAUUGUAUGGACAUUUUGGUGCUAUUAAAAUGUUUCUAUAUUCAACAUGGAUUGGAAUAUUCGCGAUUACAAUUUACAUCGCUGGACUUUUAUUGCAGAAAAGGCGAUUCCAUUUUCGAUCGCAUGAAUGUGUAACAUGA